CCGAGCCCCCGCUAAGUAAAGUCCCCGCGAUGUGGCCCAGGCCCUCCACGUAGCAGCACCUGCCGGAGCCCAGCAGUGGACCCUUGUGGACAGCCUCACUAGGUCACCUCCCAUGUGAAACGAAAAGGGCUCGCUCGCCCCACACAGGCGCGCGCAUUCACUACGAUCGACUGCCGUGGGAUAUUUACAGUGCAUUACGUUACGGAUGUGUUGUGAUUACUCUGAUAUCGAUACCACCAACAGGUCAUGAUAGCUACUCCAGUGCUGUACAUGCUCAUUAGUUAUUUAAAUGUGAUACACUAUUUUUUUAACCUGUGCUAACAUGCGUGGUCGAACUUUUGCCCGUUCAAUAUAAAGUCACGAAAUGGAAUCAGAUGAGAGACGUUUUAUGAAACAUACAAGAAUAUGUUCGUAGUAGAAGCAGUAGUGUCGUAAAAUACGGCUGAGUUAUAAACAAUCGCAAUCGUGUUAUAGAAUAAGGGCGAGAAUCGCGGUGAAGAGUGUAGUGCGUGGAGAGUGGAGCAGGUAGUGGCGUGAUGCACGAGUGGCAUUAGGGGCCGCGCAUGGCGGCCAGCGGCGCGCCCGUGCGGCAGCCGCGCCGCGGGCCUGCGCCCAUCGCCUCCUUCGACCACGACGUCUCUGACGAGUCAAGUCCAGAAACGAAACAAGCGAUACGACUUCCAGAGAUCCGCGAAGAUCCAUCGGUCUUCGCGACAUCAGUUGUACCGACGUCACCGAGCACGAGCGACGCACUAGCGCCGCCCGAACAGCGCGCCCGCUCACACUCCACACCGUCAGCGGGCGCGCUGCAGACGGCGCCACGCAUUGACAUCUCUCGGGCCUCCAGUUCCAGCCAUCACGAUUCUAGGGAUAGCUCACCAGAACUGGCACUGUUCGCAGGUGCCAGCAACAGUGGCGGAGGAGAGGAAGCUCGCUCACGGCUAGAACUCGGUUUUCGGGAAGACGGUGCUCUAGACUUGCGCUCUUCUACUGAGGAACUUGCAUUUCUUGAACCGGCACCGGGUGAAACUAGGGCUCCUACCACUCCCUCAAAUCCUGAGCGCCGACAUUCAAGAAAAGACAGCCAAGGUUCUGAGGCAGCGCUGUUAGCUGUAUCCGGAAGAACGAGUCGCCUAUCAAGUAUCGGGUCACAGUGUUCAGCACAUUCAGCUCUCUCUGGAUUCAGUCAUAAUAGUCGAGUAUCACGUCUUUCAGUAGUUUCAGGUAUAUCAAGGUCGCCAUCACCGCACAAGAUGCUACUGGAAACAUCAUUUUGUGGACCAAAGCCAAUCGAAACAGAUCCAGAAAUUUGUACUGCAGCCGUAGAGGAACGUUUAUUAGAAAUGGCUAAAUUAAAUUCAGAACAACCGCAAUCGUUGACUCCAGUAGCAGUAGAUGCGCGGGAUAGGCGCGAGGUACGCACUGAAGCAACAGUAGAGCGUACAACUAUUAGACCAAUUAGUGCAAAUGCCCGAGCGUCUUCGGCAACAACUACUACUAGCGUGCCGAAUACAAUGCGUUUAACAUCACCUACUCCUACAAUAAUACCACCUGAAUCACAAUCAGUUGUGAAACAACUGCCUACACCCGACGAAGACAAGCAUCGAAAAGAGUCGAGAAAUCGAGCUCGAGCUGAGGAACGACGGGCAAGAUCUAGAGAUAGACAGACAGAGCCAGAAGUUAAAAAAAAUGAAAAUCGCUCAAAGGACAUAAUUAGAAUUAGACUAAAACCAGACUCCGAAUACGAGGAUGAUGAUGAAGAUGAAAGCGAGCGAACGUUAAUAGAUUGCGAAGGAAUGCGUAAACCUGAUUCUUUAACACUGGGUGGUGCAAGUAGACCAACUGAACUAGCUGCCAACACCGCAGUAUCCAACACGGUAAGUCCUACACCAUCACGACGAAAAAUUCCUCGAGACAGUCGCACACCGUCGCCCAUCGGUACAGUUAUUUCUAGAAAAUCGUCUUUCUGUUCGCUUUUUAAAUCACGUGAAACGAUUGCAUCACCUGAUUCACCAUCAGAUGCUCUCAGGAGAAAAAAAAGUCUAACUGAAGGUCGAUCUCGCAGUAGAAGUCGUGAUCGAUCAGCAACACCUACUUCCGCCAAUAAAAUUCGAGGUUCAGUACUUUCAUUAUUUAGGACUCCACGAAAAAGUGCUACAUCACCAUCGCCAAGUACGCGGGAUAAUUCGCCCGUUGUGCAGUCACAAAUACAGCCACAGAGACAAAUACAGCCGCAGCAACCUUCAAACCGUCGAAAUGACAAACUAAAGUACUACGAAGAUACAAAGGAUGGAAUCAUUCAUAUACCUUUACGGACACCACCUAACGAACAGAAUGGGACAAGCAGCUGUACGAGUGGUACGAGCACAACUGGUUUUGUAAGUGGGACGAACAGUACUAGUAAUAUUGAAGUCGAAAGCGAUUCCAAAUUUAAUGAUAUAGCUACGCAUCAAGAACCGAUUCGACCUGCUUCCGCGCCACAUACUUACACUACUCCAAAAGCUGGAACAGAAACUCGCACAACUUCUAAACCGAUUCAACGGACGGUGUUACCGGAUGGAAGUAUAAUUAUUCCGCUGCAUUCGCCUACAGAAAAAUCAAGUACUGACUGUAUUUCGGGACCGUCACUGAUAACUGAGUCAACGCAGGAAAAAGCUUGUGAAGUAGCAGUCACUGCAAUAAUACAGGCACCACCAGUAGAUAUAUCUAAUACAGAAAAAUCUGUAAAUAAGACCGUAGAACAAAGUUCUGAUUUACUUUCGAUAACGUCACAAGAACAUAGUGAAACUUCUAAUGGCAGUACACCAGCUGACAUCCCCACAACCAGUGACACUCAACAGGUCAGUGACAAAAAAAGGAAAGAACGAUUUGUAUUUUCAACACACGUAGGCAGCAGGGACCAGGUAUUUAGUACGCAAUUUAGUAUUACAAAAACUCCGAGUGUCAGUAGUGAAAUAUCAGAUUCGUUUCUUAAUAGUUUUGCUGAUAGCGACGCGGUGACUCUGCGUGAUACACACAUAACCAUAAUUGCUCCUAAAAAACCUCCCGUUGAAACGGGAAGCAAAACGAAACGAGUUACAGAAAAUAAACAUGAAUCUGUUAGUAAGUCGACGGCAAGUCCUCAAGAAGGUAGAAAGGAUUCUUCAGAAUCUGAGACCAGUUCGGACGCGGCAGCCCCUUGUAGUGUCAACGAUGUGGAGCAACGUGGCUUGGUUGUGCAGGAAUCAUUCGAAGAGGAAUUGCCCUACGUCCCGACUACUUUACCACUGGAGCGUUCACUAGCAUUACCCAUGGUGCCGGUACGUGAGCGAAGUGACGUGACCGUAGCGCGCGUGGAACGACCACGAGCUGGCUCACGCUCUUCCCCGGCGCCGUACGGGCCGCAAAUUGCACAAAUGCCGCGGCCACCCACCACUAUAGAAUCUUCUACAUCGCCGGCCACUGAUAAGAUACGUAUUCGCUUACCACGACGGCCGCGAACGACUUCCGCGUCUGGCACCACACGAUCGGAGCGUACGCGAACACGCAGUGGCAGUGAUGGUUACGAGACUCGAGCUAAAACAGAAUGGAUCGAUUUCGAAGAGGUGCCGGAGAGGCGGAAGCAACCGAAGCGGAUCCAGACCUUGCCGAGUGCUGCUACAAGCAGUGGUGGCGUUGGAGCUGAUGAUGCUAGCGCGGGAAGUUCGGGUGGCCGGGACGUGGUAUUCAGUUACGUAGAACCGGAGGAGUGUCGCUGCGAGUGUCAUGGACACGGACCCUCGCGUGAUGAUGAGUUGCCAUUGCUCUCUGAUGACGUCCAGCAGUUGCGUAUUAGUGCAUCUCCAAUGGAGUCUGAAAGAGGGGACGAGACCCAUCUCCAGCUAAGUGUACAAGUAGGGCGUCCAUUCACCGCUGAUCUUGAUUUACAUGAUAUGUCUGUGCAUCAGGAGCGGUAUGAGCGACACGAGCGACACGAGCGUCAUGACCGAGCGGAGAGGCGACAACAAUGACCCCGCCGCUCUCGGCCGCCGCCCUGCCAAGGACCGGCACUCCCGUGACACAAGUUUAACAUUUUAUAGAUUAUAUUCUCUAAUAAUAUUGACUCGUACGAGAUGUUAUCAUUUUUGAGAUGUAAAUUUACCUGGUUCAUUAGGUAUAUAUUUGUAGCGUCGUUUAUAUCUCUCCUAUUAGCCACAGUUGACCUUUGCAUUUUUGAUGUUUAUUAAAUUGUUCGAAGUGUAUAUUGCGGUUUAUAUGCGACGGACGGUCGUGUCGUGUGCAUUGAGGUAUUUAUGUAAUCAAAUGGUAGAGGAGACGCUGUAUACAAACAUUGCGCUAUGCGUAGGGAACAAAAUUAGAUUAUUAAUUUGAGUGCUUACAUUCUUUAAAAUAUUUUUCGAUGUGAUGAACAUUAUAUCAUAUUUUUUUAGAAGAAAGUAUUUAAUUUGAAUUGCCAUCCGUCCGGCCGUCAUGUCGUGUGGCACCCAUUUUUGAAGGACUUUGAUGAGGGUGAAUGAAUGAUCAUAGAAAUUAGAAUUUCGUCAUCUUUGAUGUUAUUUGACUUGUGUCUCAAUAACAACUAACAGACUGACAAACAGGAGUUAAAUCAACAUAAAUUCAUAUAUUUUUUUUACAAUAACAGUAAGCGCUAUUAACUAGAUAAAUAAGUAGGAACUAUCUUCAUUGUUUCCAUAUUCGUAAGUAAGACUUUCGGACCAAUUCUCUUAACGACUAUAUAUAGAAAAGGCGAGUAAAUGUAAAUUUUUUAUGAUUACCCGAACAUCAUAAUUUUUAUUUCAUUAGUUUCAUGGUCAAUUAGAUAAAUUUGCAGAAACAUUCAUUACAACUUCGGGCGCUUAGCGAAUGUGACUGAAGUGCGGUACUAUCGCCGCAAUUACGGCGUCUCCUCCAGUACGUCAGCUGGUUACAUAAUACCUCAAUGCCGUGUGCUGUAUCUAUGUAUGAUAGUAGCGUGUGGUCGCAUACUCGCUUCCACGAGAAUGAGACAUGUAGUUAGUGUAACUACAGAGUGCUGCCUUACGUCGCGUCGUCGCAGCGCCGGCCGCCGGGCGACUGCACUAUAUUGUAUUUUAAUAAAUGGUGACCUGGCAUGCUUCGAUGCACCGGAGAGUUGUCUUUAAGGGUCUACGCAGACGAGAGACAAAGUGUCCGCUUUGUCCGCCGAUGACUGCCCAGUCCUCGGCGGACAUUUUCAUCUGUUGAUAUAGAGCGCAUAAGUCGCCUAUAAGGGUGUAUCUUCAAUACUACACUUAGAUUUAAAGUAUCAGAUAUGAAUAUAAAUCAUCUGUAAUGACGGAUUAGCCUAGCAGCAAUAGUAGGAAAUACUACGUGCCAUAUAAGACACAAUAAUAACAGAAAAGAUUUCUUUUUUCAAAGAGUAUGCGAUUUUUCAUUUAGGAGAGUAGUUUUUUUAAAAACACAAAACUUAAAAAUUGGUGUCAUAUGCUUCUUGUUAGAAUUUGUACAGGCUCCGCGCUGGCUGAAUAUGGCACUGGUCCUAAUAAUACCACAAGUGAGUGACUGUUCAUGUCUUUUGGCGAAAGUUACCACUGUCCAUAAGGUGAACCGUGAGUUUCUUUACUGUAAGCUACACUGCACAAAUAUCGUCUAUGGAAUGUCUCAGGUGAACGUUUAGUGCUCUGUGCGACAACGUCCUCGUCUGUGCAGAUCUUACAUUUCAAAAGUUUUUAGUUAAUAAAUCACGUUUUGCGUUUGUUAUAAUUAUUAUACAAUUCUAAAAUGUUAUAAAUUAGUUGUUAUUCCUCGUCGUUUACGAUAAAGAUAUAAAAGGCAAUAUUUAGUAACGCAAUGGUUUUAUGAUUAUCUAUAUAAAAGGUAAAAUUAAUAUGCAAGUUAUUCGUAAUCGUUGACACAGCACGAAUCUACAACUGUGCAACUCCCAACAGUAGUGUUGUAUAGUGUACUUAGAUAGUAACCUAGCGUCUGUCGUAGUGGACGUGCGUCGCGACUUAUACUACAAAGAAAGUUCUAGAACCAUCUAGAAAUUUAGUUUAACUUAAAACGCAGGUGGACGCAACGAGUGCAAUCUAAAAUAAACCAUAGCAUUAUAGAGAUAGAAUUCUUUGAGUAUCACCGUCCAAGUGGUUUUAUAAUGGACCCAUAUAAUGGAAUAAGCAGUUGAAUGAUAU